AUGUCUGUGAGAGCAAUCCUAUCAUUGGUGGUUCUGGUUAUUCUCAUUGGAUCCCAUGAGUCUACUCCUAUCCCCGACGGUCUCCGGAAGGUAGAGGAAGCCUUUGUCAAGAUAUUAGGCCAAUCAAGUCACGUUCUCUCCUUUGCUCGCUUCACUCACCAGUAUGGCAAAAAGUAUGAGAACGAGGAGGAGAUAAAGCACCGUUUCUCGGUGUUCAAGGAGAAUCUUGAUUUAAUCAGAUCCACCAACAAGAAAGGCUUAUCUUACAAACUCGGUGUCAAUCAAUUUGCUGAUUUGACCAAAGAAGAGUUUCAACGGAAUAAGAUCGGUGCUUCGCAACACCCUUUUGCCACUUCAAAGGGCAGCCGUAGACUCACAGGCAGAGCUCUUUUGCAAACCUCUGCUCCUAGUGCUAGAGACUGGAGAGAAUACGGUGUUGUUAGCCCGGUCAAAAAUCAAGGAGCAUUACCUGGAGCAUCUUGGGCAUUCAGCGCAAUUGGAGCUGUUGAGUCAGCUUACCAUAUUAAACAUGGUAAGGGAUCCUAUGAUCUCUCUGAGCAACAGCUGGUAGAUUGUACUUACUCUCAAUAUCAACAAACCACGGAAGCCUUUGAUUACAUCAAAUCCAACGGAAUCAACAAUGAGACACAGUAUCCUUACCUAGGUGUCAAGGGAGGCUGCAGAAGUUACUACAACUCUGUUGUAAAUGUCACAGGAUAUGUCCCUAUCCCUUCGGGUGCUGAAGAUGAACUUAAGCAAGCGGUUGGAUCCACUGGGCCAGUUAGCGUAUCAUUCGGCGUUUUGGAUACACUCCAGCAUUACCAGAGCGGAGUCUACACUAGUAGCGAACCCUGUGAAAAUGUUGUAGGCGUCAGACAAUAUGGUUUGGCGGUUGGUUAUGGAAGUGAAGAGGGUGUCGACUAUUGGAAUAUAAAGAACUCAUGGGGAGAAGGUUGGGGCGAAGAAGGUUUCUUCAGGAUGGAGAGGGGAAAUAACUUGUGCGGUAUUGCAGAAUCACCAGUGUACCCGAUUGUGGCCUGA